AUGGCGGGAGGAGGGUGCAGGGUUGUGUGCAAUCUUGCGUGCAGACUCGGCAGUGGGGGUUCAAAUCGCCAGCAUGGCAAGCCUGCAGUGCAUUCUGAUGGCUUAUCGGGUACGUGUCUUGAGCUGCAAUGGAACCCGUCGGCCAGUCACGCUCAUCUUUUCAGGGUCAUUGACACCGAUAGGAUACCAUGUCUCCGGCCAAGCUCGUGUGCUGGGUGCCGCAUCGCCUCGAGCUGCCCGUGGCCGUUAAAGUAUGUCCCGUUGCAUUUGGAAACCAUUGUGCCUGUGCACUGCACCAGCCGCACUUUGACGCGUCAUGAACACAAAUGCAUCCCGGUGCAGCGUAAAGACCCGAGCGACAUGGCCGUGGAUGUCCAGUAUGGUCUCAAGCCAGUCAAAGAAGAGGGGCCCAAGCAGUCGCACCGCUACAGCGCAUUGGGUUUGGCCGACUUGCUCUGCCCCGACUUUGAGCUUUGCAAUCGGCCCUAUUUUCUCAAAAUUGACGACUCGGUUAUGGUCGGCUACACGCGGGUGGUCAAAGGCGGACAGCACCAGGCCGUCCCCUCCACCUACGUCUACAACCUUGUCAUGGUUCUCAAUACGGAAGCCACUUCAGCUGCCCAGCUGCGAUAUCAGCAGUUGGCACAACGUCUGGGAAGCGCCUUCAACCACGAAGAGCUACGUUGUGGCUAUCUCUCGGAGCACAUCCGCAGUCGCGUCAAUGAACUUGACGCCAUUAAACUGGAAGGGCUUGAUGUGCAGGCCACAGCAGUCAGAGCUGCUGCCACGAGCAACGCUCUAGCCAACACCAUUCAGGAUCUCUACAGCAAACUCAAGGCCGAUGGCCGCGCUGUGCUCAAGGUCGGUGCCCACCACGCGGCCCCGACAGCCACUCGCAUGCUGCGUGCUUGGUGA